ACAUUAGGUUGUAAACUUGCAUGUGUAACAUACUCUGUCUGAAAAACCUCAUGAUAAAAUUGCUCAAGUUAAAGUAAGAAGUAGCUACAGCAAAUUAAGAAUAUUCCCAAAAUAAAUUUUUUUGCAAACAGUAAAAUAAAACAAAGACAAAAAUAGUGAGUUUAAUGCUUGUAACACACGGUGUUGAUCUGGCCAUUUCGGUCCCCUCACUUUUAAUUUUAAGUUUAGACCAGGAGGUAGUUGGAUUAAGUCAAAAUCAGCCCUGUUUUGGAGCGGCUUGGGUCAACGGUUGUGGAAAAGCUCAAAUUUCCGACAGCACUGGAAUGCAGCGGGAGUCCUCCCAGUCGGAUCUGGCUGAACGUGACGACGUGCCGACUCGGAACCGAGGAGCGAGGUUUCCUGGCGGAGCAGCGGAGGGAGCAGGAGCCGAGCGGUUCAGACAGUGUUUGGCGCAAACCCUCUUCUCUUCAGCUCAACACCGGCGGCCAUGGCUCCAUCACUGUCCUCCUGAAGGGACGUUACUCCGUCGGAUGCUCUAGUAACCGUCGAGGAGGGAAAGAGGAGGGAAGGAGGGGUGAAGGAGGAGGAGGGGGCAUCCCUAUCAGUCUUCAACUACCAGGCUGACUCACGCCAGGAGAGCCUGAACACACGGAAAGGUUUCAGAGACCACAAGAGUAAGGAACACUGUGAAACAGAGCUGACGAAGGAAGGUGUGGAGAAGAAAACGGAGAGAGGGAGAAGGACAGACGACAAGAAGAGAAAGUGGAUUUGUAUCUGCUGUGACGAGGAGAAGAGAAAGUGACAGCUGGAAUACGAGAGAGAGGAAAAGUUUUAGAGAAUAGCAACCCCCAGUAAUUAAGGUGACCAUCGGAAAGGUCGAGUUGACCUCUAAAGUUCAGAAGAACCAAGCGUCCCUGCAACCUCUCCAACUGCUGUCACAGAACGGUCACCACACUGGGAGAACUGGAAGAACUGGUGUUGAGGAGAAGCCACCAUGAGCGACCAGAACGUCGUCAAGGAAGGCUGGGUCCAAAAAAGAGGCGAAUACAUCAAGAACUGGCGACCACGUUACUUCCUGCUCAAGGCAGAUGGCUCCUUCAUCGGCUACAAGGACAAACCGCAGGACUCGGACCUGGCCUAUCCGCUCAACAACUUCUCUGUAGCAAAAUGUCAGUUGAUGAAGACAGAACGACCCAAACCAAACACCUUCAUCAUCCGCUGUCUGCAGUGGACCACCGUCAUCGAGAGGACUUUUCAUGUCGACACUCCUGAUGAGAGGGACGAGUGGGCCGAGGCCAUCCAGAUGGUUGCAGAAUCGCUGGCUAAACAGGAGGAGGAAGGCAUCCUGUGCAGCCCCACUUCCCAGAUUGAGAACGUUAAUGAGGAGGAGAUGGACACGUCCAUCAGCCACUACAAACGAAAGACAAUGAAUGACUUUGACUAUCUGAAGCUUCUGGGCAAAGGCACGUUUGGAAAAGUCAUUCUGGUGAGGGAGAAGGCGAGCGGCACCUACUAUGCCAUGAAGAUCCUGAAGAAGGAAGUCAUUAUAGCCAAGGAUGAAGUUGCUCAUACGCUCACGGAAAGUAGAGUAUUAAAAAAUACUCGGCAUCCAUUCCUAACAUCUUUGAAGUACUCAUUCCAGACCAAGGAUCGGCUUUGCUUUGUAAUGGAAUACGUCAAUGGAGGAGAGCUGUUUUUCCACUUGUCUAGAGAGAGGGUGUUUUCAGAGGACCGCACUCGUUUUUACGGCGCCGAGAUUGUUUCUGCUUUAGACUACCUUCAUUCUGCCAAGAUCGUCUACCGUGACCUCAAGCUGGAAAACCUCAUGUUAGACAAAGAUGGCCACAUCAAGAUCACAGAUUUUGGCCUGUGUAAAGAAGGGAUUACCGACACUGCGACCAUGAAGACCUUCUGUGGAACACCGGAGUACCUCGCUCCUGAGGUUCUGGAGGACAACGACUAUGGGCGAGCGGUGGACUGGUGGGGUCUGGGCGUAGUUACGUAUGAGAUGAUGUGCGGCCGACUUCCGUUCUACAACCAGGACCACGAGAAGCUGUUUGAGCUCAUCCUGAUGGAGGAGAUCAAGUUUCCACGGACUCUGUCUGCUGAUGCCAAGUCACUGCUGUCAGGGCUGCUGAUCAAGGACCCCAACAAACGGCUGGGCGGCGGGCCGGAUGACGCUAAGGAGAUUAUGAGGCACAGCUUCUUCGGCACAAUCGAUUGGCAGGACGUGUACGACAAGAAGCUGGUCCCCCCCUUCCAGCCGCAGGUCUCCUCAGAGACGGACACGCGCUACUUUGACGAAGAGUUCACAGCACAGACCAUCACCAUCACUCCGCCAGAAAAAUAUGACGAGGACGGGAUGGACGCAGCGGACAACGAGCGACGGCCUCAUUUCCCACAAUUCUCCUACUCAGCCAGCGGGCGGGAGUGAGCGCUUCGUCCCAGUCAGCCACCGUCGUCCCCAGUCGUGGCCAUUUUGAGGAAAACGCGUAGCCAUUCUAGGAAAAAAAUAAUAAUUACCAGUCUCCCCUCUUUUUCUCCCCGUCUGCCUCGUUGCAGACGUGAAGAAGUCUUUUUAGGGACUUUAAAAGAGGUUUUUGCACAGUGGGAUAGACUCAAGCUGGUCUCCCCACACUAAAAAAAAAAGUCUCCUACAUUUUCAGCGCUAUUUACUGCAGAAGGCAAUGUUUUUGUUAUUUAUUUUUUUCUCUCCAUCAGUUUUAAGUUAAACCCAUUCUCUUUGCGAUUAUCUUUUUUUUUUUGCCCUUUUUUUUUUUUCUUCUUUGACAUUUUUGCACUUGGUUUCGAAGAGCCGUUUUAGGGAACAAAAAACCAAAAAUGUUGCCUUAUGUGUGCAGAUGUUUCGUAUCAUGCAGACAGGGUGGUUUUGUUGUCGUCUGUCGUUUUGUUUUUGUUUUUUUUUUGGGAGAGGGCAGCCGGAUUUUGAGUCCUGAGGAAAAGUGCAUGGCUCAUGUUUCACUCAUUUCUCAUUCAUCUGUCAUGGUGGCACACAUUUCUAAAACCAUGGCGAAGAAAAUCAGCUAAAAAGUAAAAAAAAAAAAAAGAGAGAGAGAGAAAAUAAGAAAGAAUGAGUCUGUACCAUUUCCUUCAUUGCUGCAGUCACUACUUUUUUUUUUUUUAUGGUUUCUUAUUCUGAAACACUAAACUGCCGCACAGCUCACGCAGGCGCUCCAGAGCACAAGCAGGUUCAGACUCCGCUCUGCGCUCCAGCUUUCCACAGACUCUGCCACUCUUCGGUUUCUCAUCUUCACUGUAGGACAAGGGGAAUUAACUUUCCCACAGGGAAAUGUAGUUUAAAGUAUGUGUGUACUGUAUGCAUGUGGGAUGCGGAUGCUGUCAUAGCACACACACUUAUAAAACACACACACACAUUACAAACACGUGUAUUUUCUGCUCCAACUCUGACUGGACAACGACCUACUUUGGUCAUUGUAGAUUAAAUAAAAGGAGUAAAUUUCCCGCUA